GUAGGCGGUGCCCAGAAGACAACAGCCGAGCAUUCAAACUGAACAUGGCUACAAGUAAAGCUGCAGAUGAAAACACAGAAAAAAGAAGCAAUACAGUGUACAGUAUGGUGAUCAACCAUGAGGAAUCUCCUGGGGCUUCUCGUGCUGGCCGACCACCAGUCAUCUUCAACCCAGACUUUUUUGUUGAGAAACUCCGCCAUGAGAACCCAGAUGUUUUCCUGGAGCUGGUGCUCAGUAACAUUACUAGACUAAUUGAUCUUCCUGGGUCAGAGUUUGCACAGCUUCUGGGAGAGGACAGCCCCAAGACCCCAACAGGCGGAAAUGGAGGAUUUUUCCGUUCUUUCAACUUUCUUAAACGCAAAGAUAAGAGCCUUGUGUUUGGAACCUGUCUGACAGAAAGCUGCAUGGCCCAGAUGUACAAGCUUAUUGAUUACCUGAGUAAAAAUCUGCACGUUGAGGGACUGUUUCGGGUGCCUGGAAACAGUGUUCGACAGCAGGCCCUGAAGGAGCUCCUCAACAGUGGGGCUGAUUUCAACCUGGAGUCUGGGGACUUUCAUCCCAAUGAUGCGGCCACGCUGCUGAAGACUUUCCUGGGAGAGCUGCCGGAGCCCCUGCUGACACACAGACACUUUCAUGCUCACCUCAAAAUAGCUGACAUGACUCUGUUUGAUGAACAAGGCAACAAGACCACGAUACCCAACAAGGAGCGUCAGAUUGAAGCCCUGCAGCUUCUUUUCCUGCUCCUACCUCAGGCCAACCGCUCACUGCUCAAACUGCUGCUGGACCUGCUUUACCACACCGCCAAGCAGCAGGACAAGAACAAGAUGUCCUCCUUCAACCUGGCCCUCAUGUUUGCUCCACACGUCCUCUGGCCUAGACAUAUGACAGCUGGUGACCUUAAAGACAAUCUGAAGAAACUAAACAGCAGCAUGGCUUUUCUCAUCAAACACUCACAGAAACUCUUCAGGGCCCCAGUCUACCUGCGGGAAUACGCUAGAAUGCAUUUCAUUGGGACCAAGGCUCUGCAGACCAAGGAUGAUCUGGAGCUUCUGGCGACCAGCAGCUCCCCUGCUCAGCGGACAGUACUACCUCUGAAGAGGGCAGCUGCUCUGGGCCCCGGCUCUCAGGAGCAGUGUCAGUCACCAGCUAACCAAUAUACAGAGGAGGCUUUGAAGGAGCUCUUCAGACACGUCCACCACAACAUGCCAGACUCUGCCAAGAAGAAGAAACUUGUUAGACAGUUAGUCAAACAGACAAACUCUGGGACACGUACCAAUGAGGGCAGCCAGGUCCCUCCAGCUCCCAGCAAGAAACACCCGCGUUCCCGCUCCUUUGGUGGCUUCAUCAAACGCAAAGCUCGAGGUGAGCAGCUGACUGCAGAGAGACGAGUCAGACACAUCUCUCCUGAUGCUCUCACCAGAACUGUAAGAAAAUCUGAUAAAGAGAACGACAUCUUACAAGCAGUGAACAGUCCUUUGUUGGGAAAAGCAGGACUGGUAGUAAAAAACCCAGAUUUUGCUUUUCACAAAGACAAAGCUCUGAAGGUUUCCAAGAAGGACUCGCCCUCAGAUUCCAGGCUGUGUUGCUCUCCUUCUCAGGAGAUCUCCGUGUAAAGCCCCACACCGCCUCAUCUCAGACAGGACUUUGGCAGUAUUAACUUUAUUGUUGCUUUUUUUUUUUGGUUGGUUUGUUUUCAGAGCAUUUUUGAUGCAUAGCAGUGAAAAAAUUAGUCAGUACGGCCAAACCAAUGUCAGAAAGUUUCUUUGUCUACUGCACUGUUUACAAACUAUUACAAACAUGCACGGUAGUUUUUUUUUUUUUUCUUUUUUAGCUUCCAUCAGUGAAAACUGUUGGUCCUUCAGUUUAUUUGUUUGAAUUGAUUUCAACUAAUUCAGGUGAAACAAAAGAGCUCAGAUUAGCUGUUUAUUUUGGUUAUCAAGUGCAAUAUGAGCAGACUUGAUAACCAGUUGCAAUGUGUUACAAUUUGAACAGGGGAAAAAAAAGUCUGCUCCUUCCAGUUUGAUCUGCUGAAUAAUCAAAUUUGCACAUAAGUUUUAAACCAUUCGAACAGUGUCGCUUGCCACUAACCUCUGGGGCUAUCACCCAGCUCUCCCUGAAUGUGAAUGGUAUCAAUCAAUAACAGGAUCCUGGCUUUGGUUUGGCUCUGCUGUUGGAGCUGCUUGUGGCAGUCAUCACUUAACAUUCUAGCUACUGUAUCAAAAUACAUGACCACUAGAUAGCUGUGUUUACAGUCUGUUGUAUAGAAUAUGUAUACAUGUUGUACAGUAUGUUGUUUUUAUAUGUUUUUAGGCUUUGUUUUUGUAAACUUCAUUAACAUGUUUGGUACGUCGUAUUUUAACUCUUGGGUUACAGUAACUGGGUCAUUGAUUUUUUUUUUUCCUGUGCUGUGCUGCUGAUCCAGAAUCAGUGAGCAGGUCACCUUAUUUUUCCCCCCAAAUAUGGAACCAGUGACUGGGAUACUUCUCACUGGUCAAAUAUGAAAUGCUGCAUUCUCUGAAUGCUUUAUGGGAGCUAAAAUAUAUAUUUUUUAUUCUUCAUAUAUAUUGUGGCAGGUUCUUAUUCUUAAAGGUGCUAUACUAAUUCUAUUAACUUGAAAGUCCAGAUGCUGCUUGCUUCAUCUUGUGUUUUCCUACACUUGUCAGUGUGGUGGUCUCCUGCUGCAGACAGACCCCAAAUCCACAGUUUGCAGGGAGGGAAACAUGGGAACUGCUGAGCAGUCACUAAACUUUCAAAAUAAAAUAUUUGCACAGCGCCUUUUAAUAAAGGUGGUCAAAGAUUUGUUGGUCUAAGGAAAGUUGAAAGGAUGGAGGUUUUGGCUUUGUUUGUUUGUUUUUAUUAUUUUUUUAAGGUUAUUCUGAUUAAGAUGAGUAGUAAUCUUUUACAGUCAGGUUCUUAUUGUAAUGGGUUUAGUGUCUUUGGCCUACUCUUGGGAAAGUACUUACUCCACUAUGACUCUUAUUACAGUAAGAAAGCAGCUACAGUUCAUUUCUUUACCAUUUUAAUAUCACAAAAUGCUAAAACAUAAGACUGCUUGCAGUCACGUGCCAGCACACAAGUGUGAUUUACAGAUGAUUUAUUUAUUUUAGCACCAACGAGUCUGUAAACAUGUUCGUCUUCAGAAUAUUUUUAAAAAUCUGUUUGUGAUGUCAUAACACACAUGACUUAACUAUAACUCACACAAAAGUUAAAAGUAAAAUUUAAGCAAUCUUAUCUUUCUAUAAACUUUUAAAAAGGGUUGGUCAGUGUUCAAAGAUCGGACAUACACAGGCAAUAAGUAAUGUUAUUUGCUUUGCCUUUUAUUUGAGUGCAUAAGUUGUUAUGUUCCUUUUAUUGUUUAUUCUCUGAUCUGUCGAGACAAAAGGAGAUCAGCUUAACUGCUCAGUUCAUUGUAUUGUGAGUACGAGCACAACAGUUCCAGAUUUUCAGAUUACAUCACUAGAUUUUUUUCAUUACAAGUGCUGGUUUAAAAUUUAAAAAAUGGUGUUGGAAAGCUGUUUCUGCUGUAUCUUGUUUUGAAAGUACCGUGGAUGUUGUUACAAUGGGUUUGAUGAAAGUGUAUGAACUGUUGAACAUCACUGAUGGACACUGAAACCUUGCCUUCUCUUUGCUUUAUAGAAUUAACAGUCUGUAGAGACUAAAUUGGGAUUUCCUUUUCACUUUUCUACAGUUUAAGGGGAGAACUCCAUUGAAUUUUUUAAUAUUUGCUUGUUUGUUUUGAUUUCAGAUAUGCCUCUGUGUUGGAAGAGCGUCUUCAUGAUGUGAAACUGUUUUAUAUGUGAAACACAACACAAUAGAUGUUUUAAGUCUCAGUGUUGCGUGUCUGUUAGAUAAUACAUGUGAAACAUUUAGUUGACUGCUUGCUUGCGGUGCAUGGUCACUGAUGAGUUCUUUGUGUGCUGUGAGAAAGCUGGAACACUGAUAAAUCCAGGUUUUACUAAAGUGGGUGGAGCUUUAGUUUUUACUCCAGAAGUUCGUGUGCACCUUAUUCCUUUGAAAUGGGGUGGGGGCAAACACACACACAUGGUAACAGGUUACCUUUUCCUACUGAAUUCAUUAUUGGGUUAAGUUUUCUCAGUUGUCCAAGCGCUAACUAAUCCAUGACUAUUGUUGUAUCAUGUAGUGUAAACUGUGGUAACCUGAUUGUUUUUGUAUUUUAGUGUAAAAUAAGCUAAGCGUGUACAGUGGGUUCCUUGGUGGAUUAUCCACUUUGCAUUAAAACCUCUGU